AUGUCUGGCCUAACCAGAAGGCGUCGCACUGCCCAGCAGAUCCUCUUGCGACGAGCCUUAAGCAAAAGCGUUGGCAGGGACCAGGUUUCCACCGAAUUGGUCCCAAACCAGGGUGGUAUUGUGGUAGCUCCUUCCCUGAUCGGAAAUGCGCAACAGAUCAAUCGAAUUCCGGAAAGAUCCUCGUCGAGAGCAGUGAGGAAACUUCAUAGGAUUCUGGCAGCCAAUCCUUUUAGGCAUUUAACUGAGCGAGAAACGGCUGGAAAAUUUCCGGGAUGUCAACUCCAGAAGAAGGACUCUCGAUCCUGGAGGAAACUCAAGCCAAGUGAGGAUAAACCAACCUUAAGCGGUCACAGCCUGAAACCCAAUGAACAUUCUAGGGGCAGCACUCGAUCUCGACACAGUUCCUCCACCUAUCCGUCCACCUGGCAACUAAACAUCAGCAAGUCCAAGGAAGAACCAAAAGAUAAUCCCAACGGAUCUCUGGAGGAGAUCAUCAACUGUUCGAUUCUCAAUCGAACUCCCUAUGAUCACAAGCUUAAUACGCCUCUCAAGUCGGAUAAUUCCUGUCAAUGUACCAUAGGUAAGAAAGCAAGAAGAAGGGGCAGGAAAAACAAGGUGGAAAUUAGAAAAAGAAAUACCUUAGAGGAAAGAAAUUUUCAAAAAUGUGGGGUAUUCAAACGAUUAAAGGAAAGGGUCUACAGCGGCGAAGAAUUUAAUCAACAACGAAGAAUUUGUAAGAAGCCAUCAAAAACCAACGGCAAUCCAAAGAGUAUUUUUGAGUGUUCAAAAAGUUGCCCCUACAAGAACUAUGGCGGUUAUAGUCCCUCGGAAACGGAUAUUGAAAUGGAUGUUGAUGGAAAUCCAAAGCUACAAAGUCAAUCUGAUUAUCUAAACAAAAUAGAGAGGAUUAGCAAGCCACCCUCAAAUGUGGAUAACAAGUGGAACCUUAAGCUGCCCAGCAAUACGGAAAUCAAAGAAUAUAUGGCCAGAGGUGCUCGAGGAAACCGUAUUGAUCACAAAAUUAAGUACAUACCUCAAGAAUCAUCAAAUCAGCCUAACCAAGUGCGAAGUAAACCGAACCAAUCGAAACCCAAGGGUUUAAGCCCCAAACAAUCCAGUUCCCUUAUAAUAGAAUCGCACAAAGAGCAAUACCACCUAGUGCAAUCCAGUUCCACAGAACUCAGGCCAACUGAAAUCACUGCUCCGAAAACUAAAAAGGUAAUUCGAACUCGUAAACGCAAAAGAAGUCGGUGCUGCAGUUGCUGUAGUCGAUGUAGCACUCGAAAAAGAUCCGGGAAAAAACCGAUCCCAUCUGAAAAAACUAAAAGUCAGGUGUGUGAAAAUUGCCAAUGCAAAAAAUCAGCUACAAAGGUUAAAAAAGAAAUAUCCAAGCUAUCGACAAGUAAUGACAAUUGCGACGUUCGGGAAAUAUUAGGUAUGCUGCAAAAAACUGUGGCUGGACUGGAAAAGCAAAUAAAUAUCAGAAAUGGUCCAGCCAAUCUUGAAGUACAAUAUAAAAAUGAAGGAACAUCAAGAAGAACAGAAUAUGAAUACCCCAAAGAAAUAAACGACAGAAAAAGUGAACCUUAUCAAAACAACGAGUAUGAGGGAAUAUCUAGAAGAACGGAAUAUGAUUACCCUCAAGAAAUAAACGAACGAAAAUAUCAACCGUAUCGAAACAACGAGAAUGAGGAAAUGUCUAGAAGAACGGAAUAUGAUUACCCUCAAGAAAUAAGCGAACGUAACCGUCAACCGUAUCGAAACCAGGAACCCUUUAGCGAAACCAUUGGUAUUGCAAAUGAAUCACAAAGACAAACCAUGAGGGAUUAUGACAAUCAAAGUUUAAAUCAAUCAAUUAAACCAGUGGGUCUAUGCAAACCGCUUUACAAAAGUUCGAAUAAAAAUCAGAACGAACAAGAAUUAUAUAUACAAGAACUUCGCGAAUGUCCUGAACAAAUUGUUCAAAGUGGAGCAGUAGAAAGUUAUAGAUUAAAAAGGCUCGCCAAGAAAAAACAUUUUUACAAGGAUUCGCCGAACCACGAAGAAAUUAUAAGGAAAACUCAAAGAUAUGAAAGAGCUCCUCAGAACUCAGAAUGUCCGGCUAAAAAAAGAGCAAUCGAGGAUCGAAAUAAGUAUCCAACUAACGUCGAUCACAAAUAUAAAAUGGCUCAAGGACGAAAUCCAUGUGACAUGGGCUACGAUACUGAUGAUCUCUGCUCUAUGGAUUGUCCUAAUCGUUAUCGAGUUCUCUUCACAGAUCUGCGAAAAUGCAAAAAUAAAGAAAAAAAUACAAGUCGCCAAAGCAGUGGAAAAGCAGAUAUAUACGAUGAUAAUCAGAUUACAACAAAGUCCUGCAACACAUGCAAGCGUUAUGUACCCCUUGAAAGAGAUCGUCGGGCAAUUAAUAAAUACUGCAAUCCCCCUAAAAUUGAAGCAGAAAUAAAGAAUAAAUCCGUCGAAAACUUAGUUAGAACCAUCUGCAUAAGUCCUGGGAAGGAAGCACCAAUUUUUGUGAAAAACCGACAUAAUCCCCUUGUGACAGACCCAAUUUUCAAUAGCUAUGACAAGCAUAUUUUGGAUAAUUUUGAAAAAUUCAAAGAGAAAGAAAAGCUUCGGAAAUGUGUUGAAGACUGUCCUUUCAUUGGUCACAUCGAAGAUAAGGUCCUGUCGAAAAAAUGCUCCUCUGACUGCAGUUGUGAAAUAAAACCUCAAGAAUAUGAUACCGAUACCCCUUGCGAUUGCAAAAUAGAAGAAAUUUUAGAGUACGAAGAUCCGAAAAAAACUAAAUCAAAAGUCUCUUUCCUUGGUUGUUGUACAAAAUCCCCGAAAGAGGAGAGUAAAUCAAGCCCUGAAGGACAGAGCCAGCCUCAGCCUAAUAAAAAAGAAAAAUCUAAUGAGGAAAAUCCAAAAGAGAAAACCGAAUCAAAAUCAAGUGGACUUAUCUGUUUAAAAAAAAAGGAAAAACAUACAAAAGAAAAAUCUAAGCCAAAAGAGAAAACUGAAUCAAAGUCGAGUGGGUUUCCCCAAGAAAAGCAGAAACCUAAAGAAAAGACCCAAUCUAAAUCGAGUGGAUUUAGCUGUUUCAAAAGAAAGGAAAAAGUUCCCCAAGAAAAAGAUCCCCAGGAAAAGCCGAGACCAAAAGAGAGAUCAUCUUUAAACAAACCAAGUGAUUUUCUCUGUUUUAAAAAAUCCGAAAAACGUCCCCAAGAUGAGAAAAUUAAAAAUGAAAAAUCAAAAGAUGCAAGUAAACCACCAUCGAAGCGUAGUGGAUUUUUCAGUUGGUGCAGGAAAUCCGAAACUCCAAAAGAGUAUAAUCGGAAAUCAGAGGAGGUUCCCUUGGAAAUAAAAUGUCCAUGUAGUGAUGAAGAGAUACCUAUGCCUAGACCUCAAGUUCCAUUCCGCUGUCCAUGUGCCCCCGAUGAUAUCGACGAUGGAGAGGUUAAAGUCCUGUAUGACUCCAGUUUCCGUUUCCAAAAAGAAAGUUGCAGUUGCGCCGAAGUUCAGAGAAAAAUAUACUGCCAUAAUAAUCCCCAAACACCAGAACAGGAUACUUCGGAUUGGUAUGCUACAUCGCGGGCAAGUUCCGUAAUAGCUUGCCGCCAAAAGGUCGAGGAGCAGGAGAUCAAAUACUGCCCAUGUGCCAGUGCUAAUGGGUUCUAUAAAAUUGUGCGGUAA